AUGCUUCAGCGUUUUGAAUCGGCUCAUGAUCCAAACUACGGUACCUUCAAGUUAUACCUCCAGGAAGGUCUUGGGGUAAUCCUGGAGAAAACGACAACUAGGCAGCAGGAGCUGGAUCUUAAGUACACUGUACCUUUUCGGCUAAAAGAUGCGACGUUGUGUGGUCAAUUCAUUGGCAGAACGAAACAGUUGACAGAGAUAUCUGAGUACUUUGAGCAGCUACCAGAUGUCCCAAGGAGACAGGUACUCGUUCUCCAAGGCCUUGGUGGCAUAGGAAAGACACAGCUGGCGAUACACUACGCAAUUCAAAGUCAAGAAAGAUACACCGCAAUCUUUUGGACUAAUGGCAGGACAGAAGCUGAACUAAGACUUAGCUUGGCCGGGCUAGCCGAGCUCAUCCCACUCCCACAUGUCCUAAGCUCGUCCGGAAAGCUCAAGAAAGGCAACGUUGGACUGGACGAGGCAAUCGAUGCAGUAAUGAAAUGGUGUGAGCAGAAGACCAACACCAAAUGGCUAUUGAUCAUCGACAACGUUGAUGCUCAAAUGAAGACUGUCGUGGGGUCACAAGAAGGUAGUGACGAAUCAUACGACAUCCGGAAAUACAUACCAUCUGUCAACCGCGGACAUAUAUUGAUCACAACAAGACUGUCAAGACUGUGUCGUCUAGGAGUUGGAGUUAAUGUGAAGGAAAUGGAUGAAGAUGAAGGAUUAGACCUUCUCAGUCGGGCUUCAGGAAGACCAACGGAUGAAGAAGACAUCAUCAAGAAGCUCCACGGCUUGCCGUUGGCAUUAUGCCAUGCUGGAGCCUAUAUCAACGAAGCAGGAAUUUCGGCUGCAAAGUACCUCGAGCACUACAGUCGCAAGUCCAGUCUUCUCUUAGAGCAGGAAGACUCCUUCACGUACGAGCACGGGUCGAUAUCAUCAAGCUGGGAGAUGUCUUUCGCGGCUGUAGAAAACAGGGAUUCAUACGCCGGCAAACUGCUAAUGCUUUGGGCGUUUUUAGACAGUUUCGAUGUGUGGUGGGGCCUAUUCCGAUCGGCUAUGGACAACACGAAUGGACUUGGUGUGGUGAAAGGUAGUCUGCAACUGUGGAAUACUUCUCAACGAGAUGUGACGGGGGACGAGACCGAGACGCAGCCGUCAGGGCACCUUGAUUGGCUCAGCACUAUCGCAAGCGAUGAAGCGAUCUUUAUCGGGGCUGUCAAAGCUCUGCGCGAGUUUUCGCUCGUCGAGAGCAGUAACGGUGUGUCCGAUGGCUUUUCGAUACACCCAGUGGUUCAUGAAUGGUCGAACGGGAGACAAGGCACCCAAUUAUGGCACGAAAACCUCGACAGGGCUAUAACAUUGGUCGGUAGAGCUGUGCCUUUGGCUCAUCACAGGAAUUUCUGGGUCCUCUCACGUCGCUUAACACCAGUGAUCGAUCACCUGAUUCGCGCGAUAAAGAUCGCAGAUCCCCUUCUCUUGUCGGCCUUCGAUGCAAUGGUCGGUCUCGCGUUUCACGAAUUCGAUCGCGGAAAGUAUAAAUCUGCGAGCGCGCUAUACGAGAUCAUCAUACCGGGCCUAGAGAAAGCACUGGGGUUGGAGCACCCGAAAACGCAUCUCAACAUUCAUAACCAGGCCAUAUGCUAUCGAGAACUUGGGGAGUACGAGAAGUCAGAAGCAGCCCUCAGAUGGAGGCUCGAGAUAACGACGCGCGUAGAGGGAGCGGACGCCGUACCCAGUCUAAGGAUUGUGUAUGAUCUUGGACGGCUGUGCAUGGUUCAAGACCGAGCUGGUGAAGCAUACGAUUACUUCACGCAAUGCUUAGCUGGGUAUUUGCGGACUGAACCUGAUUCCAUGCGAACGUUCGAUACCAAACGCCAGCUUGGCUUGGCAGGCCAACAGAUCGGGAAACUGGACGAAGCGCACGCGUUACACCAAGCCGUGCUCGAAUACUUCAACAAGGAUUUAGGGCCGGAUCAUGUUUUGACCUUGCUCGCGGUUCGGGAUAUGGGUGUCGUGUAUCAUCGCUAUGGCCGAUUGGAAGAGGCUGUUACAUGGCUUCGACAAGCACUUGGAUCUCUCGAAAGUCAGACCGAGCCCACGCACAAAUGUGUCUUGGAGACCCUGGAAGAUUUGGGGAAGGUGUAUGAAGAUAUGGGAUGGAUUACGCUAGCCGAAGAAGCCUAUGUGCGAGCACUUGACGGUUACAAUGAGGACUCUAUUGGCGUGCCUGGUAAGAAGAAAGACUUGCAGGGAAGUGUGGAUCGGCUCCGAGGCAUGAGAGAAGGGACAGAACGAUAG